GCCGAUUUACAGAACGCAGGUGAAGAAGGUGAUGGAAUAAACUCCACCGCAGUCAUUUCUUCAAAAGCAUUAAUUAACAAAGCAUUGAUCUUAUAUGUGUUUAAUUGAAAAAAUAUCGUGAAUAUAGAAGACAGCCUGUUAAGUUGACCCAUCUACCAAACUAUUCGUGUGCCAAAUACGUCAAAAAUUUAAUCGUGAUUGAGUAAUCAAAUAUGCGAUUCUGACAAUCCGUAUAUUGACACGACACGAAUCUUGUUAUUUACUGGAGCAAUUUAGAUGCGAUUUUUCAUAUAAAUAACAAAGAUUGGAAGUAACGUUUUAGCCAUAAUCUCUAACAAGCAAGCGAUAACGUUUUUAUUCUUCGUUUUUUUUUUAAAGUCUAUUUAGUGUCCCACUGCUGGUCUCUGGCCAAAGGUCUCCCCUGUCUGCUUCCAUUACCGUCGAUCCAUUGCGGUUUCCCACCAUUUUGAUAAAGUUGGCCCCAAAAUAUAAAAAAUGGAGGCUGUGCCGUACCAUCCCAUAGUGAAAGUGACAGCAGACGAAAUUAGAAGAACCAGAGAAUUCUACAACCAGUCUGAUGUCAGGGUCAUAGUUGAGAGCAUCAGCGCAGUCCGGGAGUGGAUGGAGAAGCAACCACACUUGAUUGAAGCCAGCAAACAUCUUACUGAUGAAGUUCUAGAAAGGUUUUACUUUCUCGCUAGAUGUUCAGUGGAAGGAACUAAAAAUAGGAUAGAAAAACUGUUCACCUCAAGAGGUCUGAUGCCAGAGUUAGUUUUAAAUAGAAAUAUGAAAGAGUUUGACAAACUUUUUGAUUGUGUCAACUACAUACCACUCCCGAAAAUAAACAAUAAAGAUCUAUCAAGAGUCAUGAUAACACAAUUUAUUACAGACAAAUUGGAGGAAUUUAGUAUAAUGUCCUAUUUUAGACUCUGCUUUAUGAUCGGAGAGUACAGACUGUUUUACGAUUAUACAUUAAGUGAACAAUAUAUAAUAGAUUUAAAAAACAUACAUUUUGGCCUACUUACAAAACUAAGUCCUGUGGCUAUAAAAAAAGCGGAAGUUUUAUGUACGGAAGGUUUCGGUACAAAAAUAAGUGGUAUUCACAUUUUGAACGCCCCGAGUUUUAUCGAUAGACUGGUAUCGAUUCUCAAAGCGAGUCUCAAGGAGAAAGUGGCCAGUCGGAUACACGUACACAGCACUUACGAGGCCCUCCACAAGUAUGUCCCAAAAGAGAUACUGCCAAAAGAUUACGGCGGUGAUGAGCAGAGCUGUGCUAAAUUGGCUGAACAAUGGCGGGAAAUUUUGCACACUGACGAGGCGGCGAAAGUACUGGCCGAUACGGAAAAGAUGAUAACAGAUGAAUCAAAGAGAGACAGCUCGAGUUUCAAUCUAGAAUACAUGGGCAUGCCCGGCUCGUUCCGGAAAUUAAACGUGGAUUAAAUUUUAUUUUAUAUUCAAGAUUGGUCUAAGGAAUUUAAUGUUAGAUUUGGUUACCUGAUUAAUUAAGGUCGGAAAGAAAUAUAUGUAUCUAUUGUAAGCAUACGUGACAUUCCACAGGAAAAGGUGUCUUAUGUACGGGUUCAAUAUGUGUUUUUAUUUCUGAUCUGAAUAAUUCAUUUUAGAGUUCAUUAAAGAAAUAUGCGUUAAUAAAAUUGACCAUAAGAUACUCACGAAUAAAGACCCGUGGAACGUCAUAAUUAUAUAUUGUUAAUAGAAAAUCUUUUUCACCGACACCGAUGACAUUUCUUGUGAAAUUGCUUUUUCAUGGUUCUUUGAGCCGUUUUCUCUUUAGCGAUAUUUAGAAAGUCCGACUAUUAUAAGUUAUUUUAUAAAUAUUUUUAUUUAAACUGGGCUGGUUAAAAACUGUGUAGGUAUUUAGAUUAUUUUGUAGGUCUUCCUAAGGUCUGUUUUAUAAUGCUCUUACUUUAUUCAUUAAAUUUCAACGCCA